AUGAAACUAUCUAUAAGACAGUUCACCACGACUGCCAUCAAAUUAGCAAAACCAAAAAAGGCCUCAUCAACAUUCAUACCAAAAUAUCUCGGCCGACCAUCAAACAAUCUAUCAGCAGGAUUAGUUGGACUUGCCAAUGUGGGAAAAUCAACCUUCUUUCAAGCACUUACGAAAUCCAAACUUGGAAACCCUGCCAAUUAUCCAUUUGCCACUAUUGAACCAUCUCAAGCUUUAGCAAAAGUUACAUCUGACAAAUUGGAUCAUUAUCAAAAGAUUUUCGGGUCUUCAAAACAGGUAAGUUCAAGUUUAACAAUUUGGGAUAUUGCUGGAUUGACUAGAAGGGCAUCGGAAGGUGAGGGGUUAGGAAAUCAAUUCUUGAAUGAUAUUAGACAAGUAGAUGGGAUUUAUCAAGUUGUGAGAGGGUUUUUGGAUGAUGAGAUUACCCAUAUUGAAAAUUCAGUAGAUCCUGUUCGUGAUUUACUGAUUGUUAGUGAUGAAUUGAUUCUUAAAGAUGUUGAAAUUGUGGAUAAGGAGAUUGAAAAUUGUAAGAAGCUUGAAAGACGUCCAGGGGUUAAUAAGAUAUCAAUGAAUAUGAUGUAUGAUGUUUUGAAUAGAUUGAGUGAACAUUUAUGGAAUGGACAAAAAGUUAGUAAUAUGGAUAUUAAUGAGUUUUCAGAUGAGGAGAUUGCAUUUAUUAAUACUUUGAAUUUAUUAACCGCUAAGCCAACUGUUUAUUUAUUGAAUGUGAAUGAGGAAGAUUAUGCUUCUGGAACAAAUCAAUUCUUGAGUGCUGUUCAAGAAUGGAUAACUGAAAAUAGUAAAUCUGAUGAAGUUCUUCUUGUAAGCGCCAAACAUGAAACUACCUUGACUGAAUUGGAAGGUGAUGAAUUAGAAGAAUACGUAAAAUUGAUUGGAAAAGAUUCUGCCAUUAGUGAAGUAGUAUCAGAAAUGAGAAAAGUGCUUCAUUUGAUUUCAUUUUAUACAUGUGGAGACAUUGAAGCUAGACAAUGGACUCUUAGAGAAGGAAGUACUGCUCCUGAAGCAGCAGGAUUGAUUCAUACGGAUUUACAAAAGAAUUUCAUCAAUGCCUUAGCCUAUAAAUGGGAUGAUUUAUCUAAGUUGGAUAAAUUUGAUGAAGCCAAAUUAAAGUCAGCAGGUAAGCAAUAUAGACACGGUAAAGAUUAUAUGGUUGAGGAUGGGGAUGUUUUAGUUAUCAAAGCCGUAGGUGGUAAGACCAGAUAA